UCCCUUUAGUGUUUAUACGGAAAGAUGAAGUGCAUAACGUAUUUCGUAUUUACAAUCGCAUCAUGUUAUGCUGCAGAAUUCAGUGAAAGACCAAGAAAUUUUAGCGUAGAACUAUUAUAUCACACUCAGUUGGAAACAAAUGGACAUGUAGUGAUAUCGCCUUUUGGGAUAUGGAGUUUGAUGACCGGCGUAACGCUCGGAACUUCCGGUAACAGCAGAAGCCAACUAACAAGAGCAUUCGUGUUACCACCGCAAGAUGAAAUGAUUAUAAACGGAUAUACAAACUUAACUCAAACAGUGCUGGACACAACAACACAAGAUGUUUCUCUCACAACUCGAAACUUUCUCUUCUUAGACAAUGGUUUCAAUAUAAUUGACAAUUUCAAAAGAACACUGGCCCAUGAUUUUGGAGCCAUGGUUAAAAAUCUAGACUUUAAAGAUUCAACAUCAGCUGCUCGUAUAGCGAAUUCAAUAAUAGAAUCUUCUGGUGCAACCGUUACGAAUGUGAUGCAUUCUGACGACUUUGCAGAAUCAAGGAUGAUCUUGACUAAUGUUAUAUCAUUCAAAGGAUUAUGGUCAUCACCGUUCAACGUUUCGGAUACGAUACGGGAACCGUUUUAUGAUGAGAAUAGAAAUCUGCUCGGCGAAGUGAACAUGAUGUAUCAAAGAGCUCCGUUGCCUUACUCCCAUAUAAAAGAGUUGAAAGCUUUCGUUUUGCAACUUGCAUAUGGCAACGAUACAAAGUAUUGCAUGCUCAUUGUAUUACCAUACCCAAAGGUCAAUGUGAAUGAAGUGUAUUCGAAGUUUACAACCGUUACCUUCAGGGAUAUAUUAAACAAAAUCGACAAUGACCUAAAAGAGUUCGGAGAGGAUGAGGAUGUUAUUGACGUGAAAUUGCCGAGAUUUAAAAUAAGUUCUAACCUUGUGUUAAACAAGCCUUUAAAUCAAAUGGGUGUAUACGAUAUAUUCAGUUCGAAAAAGGCCGACUUCCAGCAGAUUACAAAGGAAGACAUAUAUAUUUCCGCGAUAGUACACAAAGCUGACAUCGAAGUCACGGAGUCCGGGACAGUGGCUUCGGCGUCAACAAUUGCAUAUUUUGACGAUCGUAUGCCUCCGCCAAUUUUUGAGGCAAAUAGACCAUUCAUAUACUUUGUGAUGGAAAGAUCUUCGGCUACUGUUAUAUUUGCUGGAACUUAUUCAAAGCCAAGUGUGUUUUAGUUGAUAAGUUUUUCCAAAGAACAUUUAUUUAUUUGUUAUUAUGUUUUUGCAAUGUGUUCAAUACUUAGGUUGAGAUAACAAAAAUACUCAGUCAGUAUUCCUGUUGCGUUUGUUUAUAAUAAUGUCCUCUAUAAAUAAGGACGAGACUGAUAAAAUAAGCGUGUAGAAUAUAAUUAUUUGUUAAUAUAAAUAUUUUUAUUAUGUU